CAUGCCUGACCAAAGCUGAUAGUUCUUCUGGACCUCAUAAUGAAUAAAUUAAGACAUACAUAGCUCCCCGCUUCAAAUAUAACACAGCAGUUCCAGAAAAAGUGCAUUCUCAGUCUGGGAAAGGAAGAUGAGAGAGCAAGAAAAAUGCCCUCAGCAUAUUUAUCUGACUGGUGUCCAAUUCUUUCAGAGAGAUAAAAAGGCAAGAUGCUUGGCCGUGUUACACAACAAUUUGCCGCAUUGGUACGCUUUUCCAAGCCUUUUUUUACAGGACAGUACCUUGUCAUUAUCAAUACAGCGAGCUGUGGUGUUUUACUGGGAGCUGGAGAUGUUAUUGAACAGUCUUUGGAGAGAAGGCAAAAGCUUGCAGAAAAUUGGGAUACUGUCCGCACAGUUCACAUGUUUUUCACAGGAUGCUCCAUGGGGCCACUCCUACAUUACUGGUACUCCUGGUUAGACAGAAGAAUCCCAGCAAAAGGAGUAAAAAGUAUUAAGUCUGUCACAUUAAAGGUAACAAUUGAUCAGAUCUUUUCUCCAGUUUUUGGAUGCUGGUAUUUUGUGUCUAUGGGGCUUUUUGAAGGUCACAGUUGGGCAGAAAGCUGGAAUGAAUUUAGAGAAAAAUUUUGGGAAUAUUACACAGCAGAACUGUGUGUGUGGCCUGCAUGUCAGAUGAUCAACUUUCUGUUUCUCCCACCGGCAUAUCGAGUGCUAUUUGUGAAUACAGUGAUAUUGGGAUGGAAUGUAUAUCUCUCAUAUCUCAAGCACAGAAGAUAAGGACCACAAAGAAGCUAUAGACUGAAAGGACCUGGAAGCAGAAAAAUGGAUCAGACAUCCAAUUAUUCCAAUGGAUUGUACUGGCUACAAAUACUUGUAGAUAUGCUACUGUCUCCUUGGAAUUUUAGUAUUACAAGUUUAUGUUUUUUGGUUUUUUGCUUUUUCAGAGGAAAAUAAAAUUUCUACUGCCUUCA